AUGCUCUCUGGUUUCCACCUCCACUGCUCUCUGACAGCUUUUGUCAUUUAUGGUUUCAUUUUCCAAGUUCACAAGCUGCGGUCAGCCCCACUGGAUGUGACGGGACCCCCUGGCCCCAUUGCCGUGGCCAUGGGCGAGGACAUGGUGUUGCCCUGUCACUUCUCCCCGGAGCAGAGUGCAUGGGACAUGGAGGUGAUCUGGUUUCGGGAACACUUCUCGCCCUUUGUGCAUCGCUACAAGGGAGGCCAGGACCAGUACGGGGAGCAGAUGCUUCAGUACCAAGGGCGCAUGGAGCUGCUGAAGAAUGGCCUCGCCAAGGGCAGCAUGGACUUGAAAAUUUUCCGUGUCCAACUGUCUGACAGAGGGAAUUACACCUGCUUUGUUCGCCGUGACUCAGAUUACGAUGAGGCUGUGGUGGAGCUGAAGGUGACAGCCAGCGGCUCUGUCCCACUCAUCACCCUGGAGCACUACCAGGACGGGGGGAUCCGGGUGGCCUGUCGCUCGGCCGGCUGGUACCCCCAGCCCCAGGUGCUGUGGCAAGAUCCCCACGGACAUCAUCUCCCAUCCGUUUCUGAAAGCGUCACCCAGGAGGAGAGUGGACUCUUUGCAGCGGAAAGCAGCAUCAUCCUCACCAGGGGCACGAACCAGAGGCUCUCCUGCUUGGUCUGAGAUGCCCUGCACAGCCAAAAUCAGGGAUCAGCUUCUUUUCACAUCGCAGAUCCCUUUUUCCAAAAUGCCCAUCCUUGGAUGACCGCCCUGGGCGUGGUCCUGGUUGCGGUGGUUGCUCUCCUUGUUCUCGCUGUUUAUCUGCUCAGAAUGAAAGAAAAGCAAGCUGAAGAACUUGCAUGGAGAAGAUACGCAGUUCCUAUAGAAGAAGCAACGGUGGUUCUGGAUCCGGACACGGCCCACAGUGACCUUGUCCUGUCUGAUGACUGCAGAAGUGUGAAACGAGAAGACAGGCGGCAGGACCUGGCUGACAUUCCCGAGAGAUUUAACCCAUGGCGCUGCGUGCUGGGCUGCAAAGGCUUCACCUCGGGGAGAUACUACUGGGAGGUGGAGGUGGAGGAUGGAGGAGGAUGGACUGUGGGGGUCUGUAGGGAAGAUGUGAAAAGGAAGGGUGACCUGGAGUUUAAACCAGAGGAGGGCAUCUGGGCAGUGGGGCAGUGGGCAGGGCAGUUCCGAGCUCUCACAUCCCCUAAUCACACUCUCCUUCCUGAAAUCCAGGUUCCCAAGUGGAUCCGGGUCUCUCUGGAUUAUGAAGAGGGACGGGUGGCAUUUUUCAGUGUUGAUGAGGAGAUUCCCAUCUUCACAUUUCCACUGGCAACAUUUCAGGGGAUAAGAGUCCACCCUUGGGUCUGGCUGGGUCCUGGGACAUGGCUCAAAAUGUGGCCCUGA